UUCCACCGUUCUCACUACUACCAUCUCACACUCUCCAAACCCUAGCCGGCACUACACACUCUCUCUCUAUCUCCAGAACAUGUCGAGCGCCGAUCCCGAGCACCGUGAAGAGGAGGAGGCACCCGCCCCCGGCGAAGAUGAGGACACCGGAGCUCACGUUGCUCCCAUCGUCAAGCUCGAGGAGGUUGCCGUCACCACUGGCGAGGAGGAUGAAGAUCCCAUUCUAGAUCUCAAAUCGAAGCUUUACCGGUUCGACAAGGAUGGGAACCAGUGGAAGGAGCGAGGUGCGGGUACCGUCAAGUUCCUGGAGCAUAAGGUUUCUGGCAAGGUUAGGCUUCUCAUGAGGCAAUCCAAGACUCUCAAGAUCUGCGCCAAUCAUCUCAUUUUGCCUACGAUGACUGUGCAAGAGCAUGCUGGGAAUGAGAAAUCUUGCGUUUGGCAUGCAAGGGACUAUGCCGAUGGAGAACUCAAAGAUGAGCUUUUCUGCAUUCGUUUUCCUUCUGUUGAAAAUUGCAAAAGCUUCAUGGAAACAUUCCAAGAAGUUGCCGAGUCUCAGAAUAGAGAGGAAGAGAAUGAUGCAUCUGCAGCAGCUGGUCUCAUUGAGCAAUUGAGUGUAGAAGAGAAGGCCGAUGAGAAGGCCGAUGGAGAGAAGAAAGAUGAGAAGAUAUCUGAUGACAAAACUGAGGAAAGAGAAUCGGCAUCUGCAAAAGAAAGUAAGGCAGAUGAAGAUAAGAAAGUUGAAGAACCUGCUUCCUCAGCUUGAGUAUUACUCAUUCAUAUUCUAUACUACUCGGUGGUCUGACAAGGUUAGGGGGUUGAUGGUUUUGCUGCCCGAAUCUUGGGAUAUUCUCAUACUUAAUAGUCAUCAGAUUGUAUCACUGAAUUGAGCUGUUUGUGUCUUGAGUUUUUGUCAGCAGGCAAAGUUAGGGUUGAGUUUGAAUUUUGUGGCUUGACUGGUUGAGCUUUCGGGGUCUGGGAGUCUUGUUAUUUUCAUUCUAAAUAUGUAUUUGUUGCGAGUAAUGAGUCAUGUUGGUUGGGAGGGUGCAGUCGAGAAAUAGUUGAGCAAGGGUUUUGGGUACAAAUUGUUUGAGUUUCAGUUUUUUUCCGGACUCAAACUACAUGGUUUUUUCCGCCUGUUCCUGCAGCUAUAUUUUUCGUCGUAAGUUUUCCGUAUAGGGUCUGAAAAUACAGAAAAAAUAAUCAGACGGUUGUCUUUCUCUUUUGUUUGGAUGGCGUCUGGAU